AUGCAGAUAAUAGCUCUGCUUUUUUUGUUUUUCAUUCUUGUCGAUUUUUCUCUGAUAUUGGCAAAUGAUGUCGUGGACGAAACUGAACACGAGAAAAGACUUUUGCAGUUCGUGAAGAGCAAAGUGACGAGUCACUCGCCGCCAUUGUCGUUUGUGAACAGAACAGUGUAUGCGUAUGCGGACUUGUACCAGAUUGUUGACAUAGACGAGAGAAGCAGCGCGUGGACUGUGAAGAUGUGGAUAUUCUUCUACUACUAUGUCUCUGCUGUCCAAUGGAACCCGGACAAUUACAAUGGGGCUUUUAAUUUGCAAGUUGAACCUGGCACUUUCUGGAACCCAGAUAUAGUGCCUCGAGAUACGAUCGAACUAGUCCACGCAACCUCCGAGCGCCAGGUGGUCUCCAAGACAGGUUUGGUGGUCGGCUGGUCUGCAAUUGUGACCCAGAAACUGUCCUGCACAUUUCACGUGAACAGGUUCCCCUUCGACUCCCAAGAGUGCAACAUCCGAUUGCAGCCGUGGGCGUGGGAAAGAGGCGCAUUCCAACUAAAAAUCGACCAUAUAUGGACCAGCACAAAUGGAGCUAAACUUGCGCCUCUGAAUCUGAGAUACUACACUGAGCACGAGCAAUGGGCAGUGGACAAACAGGGAGUUCUGAUCGAAGAGGUUGAAGAAUGGGACCACCCUUCGGGUGGCAACACAAGCAUGAUCACCAUACGAGGAUAG